AUGUUCAAAUAUUUUACUAUACUCCCUAUCUUCCUCGCAUCGCUCCUGGCCUCUUCAACUCCACUACCUCUAACAGAAACCACUCUCUCCACUGAUUACACAUCCCAAGGCUAUCUUAUAGCCCUCAACGCAUCAGCGCCUUAUUUUGCAGGAGCUGGUCCUAUCGCCGGCUGCAUAACCUCGAUUUUCACUUGGACACUCGACACUACUGCAUGUGGUCUCUUUGAUGGCACUCGCGCUGUAUAUAGCAAAAGUAUCGGGAUGUGGAUGUAUGCAUUUGGAAGUGAAGCGGGUACGUGCGGUCUUGUUGAAGGUGGCCGAGUAACAUGUUCGGUAACUGGGGUUGAAAACCAGGGAAAGUGGAGCGCGCCCAACUCUACAAAAUCGGGUGUGCCAUUAUACAUGAUGGGCUGGGCAAAUUGGCCAGUUCAAAGGUGGCCGAGCAGUGGAGUAGAUGUUGAUGUUUGGAAUACUUUGGUGGAUAAUCCUGCGCCUGGAAUUUAUUUGGAUGGGUUUGCCAGAUCGUUUAGUGUGAGAUGGCGGGCUGCAUGA